AUGCCAAAACGACCGAUCCACUUGCAACCACCAGACAAUUCUUGCCGAAGAAUCCGGCGCGAUCUCGAUUUCCUGCGCGACUACUGGAACCGAUUGCUCGCCCCGAAUCAAAACUGCGACAUAUAUCUGCCGGAAUUAUUACGCGCCAACCAUUUAAUGAGACAUCUAUCUGCUCUGCCUUCGAACCAUGGAAUGCGAGUCAACAUGAGCUUUACUAUUCUCGACAACAGUGCCUGUUUGGAAUCGGAAGAUGUGUAUAACGAAACGUAUCCGAUAAGUAACGCGCUGCUUUAUUACAGCGAACCUUACAAUAGCGGACUCUGUCGAUCGCCAUGCUCCGCAGACACGGUCAGAUAUAAUAAUUUUCUCAGGAAUUACACAACUCAGCUGAGCGAAAACUAUGCAGCGAUCGAGAGGGAAUUGAUAAGGGCCAGAUUAUUGGCGUCCCUCAUUGAACGUGACCGACUCGCGAGAUGUCAGAAUGCAUUUUACAAUCAGAGAUUCAAUGACUUACCGAAGAGCGCCGAACAGCACUGGUUCCAAAAACUUCCGCAAAACUCACCGCAAAUCUCCUGCUGCUGGGCGGCAGUGAAGAAGCUGCAAUCAAAUAAUAACGCUCCACAGAACCGUGCCGAGACCACGCUGGAUCGAAACGAUGAAGCAACGAUAAAGCAACGGCGAUCGAAAGAGUCGAUGGAAGCGUGCCAGAGUGUCAGUAAAACCAUCAACGAGGCGGCGAAAAUUUCCCAUUCGGUGGAUUCGCCGGACGUCAAACCCGCGGACGGCGGCGGCGUCGCGAUAAAUAAAAGCGAUAAACGAUCAGCGCAACCGAUCAGCUGUCAAGGAAAUGUCCUGCAGUUCGUGGAAUCGAGUAACGUCGCGACGGAUCAAAGCCGACACACGGAGGAACAAGGACGCAGAAUCAAACGUAAAUUGAACAAUCUGGAAAAUCAAACGAUCGAAAUUGAUCAAGGAACUAGCAGCCAGCAGAAUGGAUCGAAGACAAGCGACAGAAUCAAGUCGUACUUCAAAGAUGUACCAACAAUAUUCUCCUUUGAUGAGAAAGCUGUCAGGAGCAGAAUCAGGAAUGGCAGAAUGCCAAUAGAGGGAAGAUCAUACUUGAAAAGACGCGUGUCCUCGCCGAGGUACGCGAGUUUCCUGAGGAUGCUCCGUAAAGAAGAAGCGGACGAACGGCUUCGCGGUAAUUCCUCGUCUCGGAGAAACGAAGCGGAAAAGCUACAACGAAGAGGACUAUCUGCGGAGAGCACCGGAUAUAGUAAUCGAGCGAUCCACGACGAUCCGCGAAUCAAAAAAAGAACGCCGACCCCACGCAGCACGGUGCACACGACGUACAAUGCCAUAACGCACUCAUCGGCCGCUGAUCCUAUUUUAGAUUCCAGCGGUCUCACGAUACAACUCUUAAGGCUAGCUGUUUUAUUGUACGCGCCCGCGUUGAUGCCGGCAUUGAAUUCAUUGAUCGCGCAGCAGAAUCAGCAGACGCCCGUAUCUUCUGCCUUCGAGCGAUCCAACGAUUUAUUGACGCAAAUCUUUCGGCUGUUGAACGAGCAACAAUCCAUUCCUAAUUUGCCGUUUGUGUCGAUCGAAUCGGAGAGAGUUUCCUCGGCCUUGGCCGCGGAGACUGAUGCCGGAAGCUCGCAAACACGUUCUGAGGAAAACAAAGAAAAUACCUCGAUUGCUAAGGAAGAGUCUGGCGCCGCUGCCUCGCAAGAAUCUAUUUCCGCCGGCACGAGCGGCUGGAAAUCGAACAAUCGGCUGCAGCAGCAGAACGGAAAGAACAGAAACUGGCGACUGACAUCAAUACUGACCGAUUCCGAUGUGAGAUUGGACAGAAAUAUCUUCACGGCGGAGGAUUUCCGGAAGUUUGAGGAAUUCUUGAAGGCUGAAAAGCAGCAUUCGGAAGACAUUUUUCGAUCCUUGUCCACGAGAAGCAAGAACGAGAUCGUUAUGAAGGAAUAUUUUCGGAAUUGGUUGCAUCGAUUGCUGCAGCAAUUCAACGCAGUGAGUAGCAACUUGCCCUCGAACGAAAAGACAGAAUAUCCCGAAGGAUCUUCAAGAGCAACAGGCGAAUCCUCCUUGGAAAAGGUAGAAGGACAAGAAAGUACAAACCGUUCGACGCCUAACGAAUCGUCGGAUUCCUCGAAAAAUGAUCGAAAUACCGAACACGAGGAAGGAGAUUCGGACGAUCAAAGGUCGUUCACUUCCGCUACAAGCACGAGCUCUUCGAAAUCGGUGCAACUUAAGCAGAACGACGCGACGGUCGCGAAAAAAGAAGAGCCGCGAAACGAAAAUUCGCAGGAUUGA